AUGGAGUAUCCUUAUAUACCAAAUAGCAAUCCUUUUACGUCUUAUAUAUAUAAGAGCAAUGAUUUAAGAUUGGGUGCUAACAGAGUGCAACCAUUAGAGGAACCCAAAACUUUUGGGAAAAAUGCUAAUUCUCCAAAGCAAAAUUUUCCAAACGUUAAGCCUAAUCCUCACGCUCACCCUUAUAAUCCAAGACUUUUGAAUAUGAACCCAUAUUCUCCUCAAUAUAAAAAUAAAGAUCCAGAACCUAGAUUUAGUGAUUUAAAUAAUAUAGACGGUGACCAAAAAACUGAAAAAAACGAAGGCAACUUAUUAAGGUAUCCAUCGCUUACUUCUUUAUCUGAAGGAGAGCAGGAAUAUCCUGGUGAAAGUUCCAAUUAUAAAACCCCUCCUCAUGAAGACUCAGGAAGAACGCAUAGAAAGUUUCAUGAAGAUUUAAAUGAAAUUCAUAGAGAAAAAUACCCAAGAGAUAGAUCAGAAAAACGAGUUCCUCAUAGACAUCGUGAACAUGAAUAUGUUACCAAAAGAACUUUUAUUCAUAUGAUGGAUGAGCUGAGGAAAGAAAUAAAAUUAUCUAGAUUGAAUUCUCGAGAAGUGGUAAGCCGAGCAAGAAAGGAACUUGAUAGCAGGCAAAGCGAUGAGGAACCAGAAGAUUCGCAGCAUUUUACAAAGGUACGAAAAAAUGAGCAGGAAGAAACAAAAAUCAAACCAAAAAACCCAAAAAAAGUCCCAAGACAAAAAAAGCUCAAUAUUCCUCCACACCAAAAAAUAGUUUCUUUAAUUAUUGGGCAAACAGGGUCAGGAAAGUCCACAUUUAUCAAUAUUAUCACAAAUUUUUUCAGAAAUGGAACCCUGGAGAAUAAAAAAAUUGCGAUACCAACCAAAGAUUUUCCCCAAACUGAACUUGAUUUUGGUCAUGCAGAAAACGGAAAAGGAGUAGACCAAAGCCAGACAGUUAAAUGCUGUCGGUAUGAUUUUAAAGAUCUUGACAGUGGUAGUACUUUUACAUUUAUAGAUACGCCAGGACUAAGUGACACUCGAGGUGUAGAUCAAGAUGACAAGAAUAUAAAAAUAAUUGAAAAUGAAAUUUUAAAGUUCACAGACAUCAAUGCAAUUAUAAUAGUUCAAAACGGAAGUGAGGCUAGAAAAACAGCAAGCGUGAAUAAUUCUUUGGUUAGAAUUAGAAAUGCUUUGCCAAGAAAAGUUGAAAAUAGCAUAGUUUUAGUCCUCACAAAUUCUCAUAUUUCUACUAAUUUCAAUGUUAAUUCGUUACCUGUAACUCCAAAAUACACGUUUUUAAUGGAAAAUAACGCUUUUAAUAUAGCUAACCCUAAUGAGUGAGUUUUAAUGGAAAUGCAGCCAUACUGGGAUAAGUCGAUGAGAAAAGUUAAAGAAAUAGCCGAAUGUUUAUGCAAAAUGGGCAGUUUUAGUGUCAGAUGCUUUAAAGAGAUGAUUGAAGAAAAAGAUAGAGCCAAACAAAGCUUCCACCAGGCAAAAAUUAAACUUCAAAACCUCUAUAGCCUGCAGGAACAGCUUGAAGAGAUUAAAAUAAUGAAAGAAUCAUCAUUGAAUAAUGCUUAG